AACAAACAGAAAAAGGAAAGUGAAAUUUGAAGAAGAGGAAACAAAGAAAGAAAGAAAAGAGGAAAGCUUUGAUUUUGAAGUGCUUAAGAGGAGAAGAGAAGUUGGUUUCUUGUGUUCUUGUGUCAAAGAUUUGAUCUUGAGUAAGUUAGUUAGAUUCGGUUUGGAUUAGAUUAGAUUAGAUGGUGAAGGAAACAGAGUACUAUGAUGUGCUGGGCGUUAGCCCAACUGCUACAGAGUCUGAGAUCAAGAAAGCUUACUACAUCAAGGCACGCCAAGUUCAUCCAGAUAAGAACCCUAAUGAUCCUCAAGCUGCUCACAACUUCCAGGUGUUGGGAGAAGCCUAUCAAGUGCUAAGUGAUUCAGCACAACGGCAAGCUUAUGAUGCAUUUGGGAAGUCUGGGAUCUCAACUGAUGCAAUUAUAGAUCCUGCGGAAAUAUUCGCAAUGCUUUUCGGCAGCGAGCUUUUCGAAAGGUACAUUGGACAGCUAGCUAUGGCGUCAAUGGCUUCACUCGAUAUCUUCACUGAAGGGGAAAAUGACAUGUUUGAUACCAAAAAGAUUCAAGAGAAAAUGAGGACAGUUCAGAAAGAAAGAGAAGACAAGCUUGCUCAGAUUCUCAAAGACCGCCUUAACGACUAUGUAGUGAACAGAGACGAGUUUGUUGCUAACGCUGAAGCUGAAAUGGUUAGGCUCUCCAAGGCAGCGUAUGGUGUGGAGAUGUUGAAUACAAUUGGGUAUAUAUAUGUAAGACAAGCAUCAAAGGAGCUUGGGAAGAAAGCUCUCCUUCUCGGAGUACCGUUCGUUGCUGAAUGGGUUAGGAACAAAGGUCACUACAUCAAAUCCCAACUCACUGCUGCAACAGGCGCAUUCGCGUUGUUCCAGCUGCAGGAGGAGAUGAAGAAGCAGCUAAACGGUGAAGUGAAUUAUACGGAGGAGGAGCUUGAGGAAUACCUUCAGUCCCAUAAAAGAGUGAUGGUUGAUUCUCUGUGGAAGCUCAACGUUGCUGACAUAGAAGCUACUCUCUCCCGUGUUUGUCAGCUGGUUCUUCAAGAUCCUGAUGCCAAGAGGGAGGAGCUUCGUGCAAGAGCAAGAGGGCUAAAAACUCUGGGGAAGAUCUUCCAGAGAGCGAAGACAGCUAGUGAGAGUGAACCUAUAGCAAGAACUGAACCUGAAAAGCUAAACGAGGACGAAAGGGACUAUGAUGAUGAUGCAUCUACAUCUCCAAAGUCCAAUGAAGCGUCUCACUCUACCUAUGGUACUCAGGAACAGAAGAGUCCCUACGUGGAGGAACCAAAGCUAGGAGAUGAACAAUUCAAACAUUACUUCCCAAGACCCGCACCACCACCUGGCGUGGAGAAACACACUUCAUCAACUGGCUAUGACUGAUUCACGUGAGAAUCAGUAAGUGUCUCUUAGUAUAUAUAUAUAUUUACAUACUCGUCUUAGUAUAAUAUUAUAUUUGCAGUUGUGUGCUGCUGUGUAAAAGCUAUUCUUUUUUUCCUUUUGUUUUCAAUGAUUUAAUGUGAUUUGCCUCUGUUAUAUUAUAAGAGUGAUGUUGGAAGUAUAUAUGAUAAAAGCUCUUUUGUGAUAA